AUAGAUAGGUCCCCGUCGUCUCGUCCCCUUGGAAAAUUGAAGUGGAACAAAGAAGCCUCGAGAGUGUGAGCUCCUCAGCGCGGAAUCAGAACCAAACCUAAUCGAGUCGACUCGGCCCGAUCGAAUCUCCAAGGGAUGGCGACCGGUAGCGAAGCUGGAAAGUCUGCCGAGGCCGUGCUGGAGUGGCCUAAGCAGGACAAGAAGAGGAUGCUGCAUGCUGUGUACCGUGUGGGAGAUCUGGAGAAGACCAUUAAGUGUUACACAGAAUGCUUUGGCAUGAAGCUGUUGAGGAAGAGAGAUGUUCCUGAAGAGAAGUACACCAACGCGUUCCUUGGGUUUGGACCUGAGGACACUAAUUUUGCACUUGAACUGACUUACAAUUAUGGUGUUGACAAGUAUGACCUUGGAGAGGGCUUUGGACAUUUUGCCAUCGCAACUGAGGACGUGUACAAGCUGGCUGAGAAAAUUAAAUCAUCUUCUGACUGUAAGAUCACUCGUGAACCUGGUCCUGUAAAGGGAGGAUCCACUGUGAUUGCCUUUGCACAAGACCCAGAUGGUUACAUGUUCGAGCUUAUCCAGAGAGGUCCAACGCCCGAGCCUCUCUGUCAAGUUAUGCUUCGUGUUGGUGAUCUUGAUCGUUCUAUCUCGUUCUAUGAGAAGGCCCUCGGGAUGAAGGUUCUAAGGAAGAAGGAUGUGCCUCAGUAUAAGUACACUAUCGCCAUGUUGGGCUAUGCCGAUGAGGAUAAGACCACUGUUCUGGAGUUGACAUACAACUAUGGUGUCACACAAUAUAGCACGGGCAGUGCAUACGCUCAGAUUGCUAUUGGCACCGACGAUGUGUACAAGAGUGCUGAGGCUGUCGAGCUGGUUACCAAAGAACUAGGGGGGAAGAUUCUAAGGCAGCCGGGGCCACUACCGGGGCUGAACACGAAAAUCACCUCUUUCCUUGACCCAGAUGGCUGGAAAGUGGUUCUGGUGGAUCACGCGGACUUCCUCAAGGAGCUCCACUGAAUAUCAGCAGGUCAGAGUGUUGUGAGGAGGCCAGCCUUACGUAGCAGUGCAGGCCUGUGAUGUAAUAAAACAGCGGUUCUCUUCCGCUGGACAGGCAAAAUAAAAGUCGUAGUACCGAUGCCGAGUUUGGCCUGGUUAGAAUCGAGUGUUUGGGACUUGGUAUGUAUGUGCUAUGAUCGCCGAACGUGAGUAUUAAGUGUAUCAGUUUGCGCA